AUUUUUGUAAACUGCUGGUUCGUCCCGAGUUGUGAGGGAGGUGCGGGAUGUCAAGGUUGGACCCUGUCUGCAUCUCGUUCUUGCCCAAUCUGGACAUGCAGCAUUUGGCAGGAAGCCUCCUUCCCAAAGUGGUGGUGAAUACCCUCACUUGCCUUUCAAGAGUCACAAUUGACAAGAAUCAAUUGCAGACGCAUGUGGAUCUCUGGCUCCCUCUUUUCAUCCGUCCACCAUUCUUUUUUUACUGAUUGACCAAGUCAUCUUUUUCUUGCAUCACCCUUUGACACCUACCAACGUCCCUAUCCUCUUCCUAUCUCUUUAUUCUUGCUAGACCUCUGUCGCGGCUACACCUAUCACCACCUCGGACGCAAGCACCAAAAGACCGACCGCCAAUAUGCUCUACUCCUCAGUCGUUGCAGCUUUUCUGGCCGCUGCCCCUGGCCUGGCCCUCGCAUCCGGAUCUCUGGGCUUCGCUCUCGGUUCGAAGCAGCCUGACGGGCAGUGCAAAUAUCAGGCAGACUACGAAGCGGACUUCAGAGCCAUCCGAGAUGCUUCGGGAAGCAGCAUCGUCCGCAUAUAUGCUGCCGACCAGUGCAACACAGCUCAGUACAUUCUUCCUGCGGCCAAGAAGGAGGAAUUCCAGGUGAUCCUGGGCAUUUGGCCCGAUACCGAAGAGUCGUACGCCGCCGACAAGGCCGCUAUCCUGAAGCACACCCCCGGUUACGAGGAUCAAGUCUACGCCAUCACUGUCGGAUCCGAGUCCAUGUACCGCGGCAACUUCACCGGCGCCGAACUGGCGGACAAAAUCAAGGACAUGAAGAAGGCGGCGCCGCUCUUCAAGAUCGGCACCGCAGACAGCUGGAAUAAGUACCAGGACGGCACGGCCGAUGCCGUCAUCAAGAACGCCGACAUUCUCCUCACCAAUGCCUUUUCCUACUGGCAGGGUCAAACGCGCGACAAUGCCACUGCCUGCUUCUUCGACUCCAUCAUGCAGGCGUUUGGACGCAUCCAGAGCGUUAACGGGUCGCUCAACAAGCCUGAGCUGUGGGUUGGCGAAACGGGUUGGCCCAGUGAAGGUGCGAAGUACCAGCAGGCGAUCCCGGGACAGGACAACGCUCAGGCUUUCUACGACUCUGGUGUCUGCGGUAUGGUCAACUGGGGUUUCAAUGUGUUCUUCUUCGAGGCCUUUGAUGAGCCAUGGAAGCCGCAUGCCAUUGGCGAGGAUGGCAGCGAUGCACCCGAGACUCACUGGGGUGCAAUGGAGGCCGACCGUGUCGCCAAGUACCCCCUCAGAUGUUGAGUGACGGCGGCUACUGCUUCACUUGAUUACAUGGGAUGUGGAGGAUUCUUUAGUAUCAGACUGUGAGAGAGGCAUUUCAGAUGGUAUGGGCGGCGUUUGUUUCGUUGACGGGAGACUGACAGAAACCAUGAUACUCUAAGAAACG